CAAGAACAGCAUUCUUUCACUUUAGAGGGCGUUUGGGGAAGUGUCAGGCACAAAAGUGUUUUUAAGUAUCCCUUUUUAAGUUGAUUUUCAUUUAGAUUUUGUUCACAGCAUGGCAUGGAGAAGCACAGAUGGGACAAAUGAAGCGAGGUCAUCCAGAGACCCUGUUUUAAAGCUGAGAUUAAUGAUGCUCGGAGGUGAUGAGAUUCUUAUGAAUCAAGCAUGUGACACCAUUCUCAGGAUCACACAGAGAGAUGAUCCCUCUAAACCUGGCAUAUGGCAGCCUAUGAAGGCUCAUGUUUGUGGCCGACAGGUCUCCGUGUUAAAAACUCCCCCCUAUUGGCUUCAACACUUGAAAUCAUAUAUGUUUUUCUACAGUGCAGUCAAAUCCAUUAAAAAUGACCUGGAGGCGUAUGAAUCUCUGCUGUUUCCUGGUCCUCAUGCUUUUCUGCUGGUGCUUGAAGGAGUAAAUGGCACUGGGGAAGAGUUUUUUCUUCUACAAGCUCUCAGUGAAGUGUUUGGGAAGGCGGUCUUACAGUAUUGCAUGGUCUUAUUUAUGCAUGAAGUUAAGCGCAAUGAUCAAGCAAUGCACCACUGUGUCAAAAUGUGUGGGAAAAGGUACCACAUUUUACAGGACAGCGACAGCAGUGUUGAAACGUUAUUUACCAAAAUUGCGACAAUGACAGAGAGCAAAGAAAGCGCCUUUUUCACCCAACAUCUGGAGUGUUUCAGAAAAGCCAAGAAACAUUUUCAGAUGAAAUUUGAUGCUGAGCGUAAGGAAAAUGAGAAUACCUUUAAAAAACUACUGUCCGAAAAAGAAGAGACGAUGAACAAUCUAAGGAAGGAAAUGGACAAUAUGAAGGAACAGAACGCAAAGAGCGUAACAGAAUCACAGGACGCUUUGAGGAUGUCACGAGGUAAAGAGAGAGAACUAAACGAAGAGUUGGCCACCUACAAAGACAGAGAGAGCGAGUUAAGGAGAGAGCUGGACGUUUCCAGAGGGAGAGAGAGUGAAUUGAAAGAUGACAAGGAGAAGCUUCAAAGAGACGUGGAGCAACUCAAAGACGACGUGAAAGAACUGGAAAGGAAUCUGAGGGAGGCAAAGAUUACAAAAGAUUUUCUGGAGGCAAGACUGAAAUCAGAAUGCAGCAUAAUACAACAUGAAGAAGAACUACAAGACAAAGAAAACAAACUGCACGAGAGACAGAAAGAACUAGAUCGAAGAGAGACAUUACUGGAGGCCAGAGAAAGAGACAUGGCCAAGAGAGAAGUCCAUCCUAGCGGAUCAGAUUAUGAACAUCACAGCAGCAAAGACCUUGCUUUCCCUAGUUUGAAGGAAAAGGAGUAAACAAGUGUCCAGCAUACAAGGGAACUCCUUCAAUAUUGGUGUAAAAAAGCAUCUCUGGAUAAAGCACCUCAUGAAGUUGCUUGAGAGAAAAAAACAGAAUGAGCAGAGCUGCAAUCUACACAAACAUCAUCCUUGAAUCCAAGAAAGAAGAGAAUUGAUGCAUUUUUUCCAUUUUCCAUUUAUAUUCUUAGUCUUUAUGACUACUAUUAUUCUGUGGGAAUGUGGUAUAUCAAAUGAAUAAAAAUAAAUCUUGCUUAAUUCUUGUUUCUCUCUCCUGAGCAAGGAGGGUUACA